AUGGUACGUACUUACAAGAAAAAAACCAAAAGAGGAGAGUGGUCGACAGAUGCUAUGAAAACAGCUAUAGAUAAAGUUUUAAGCAAAGAGAUGGGAUAUAAAAAGGCUGCUUCUGCAUACACAGUGCCUCAGACUACUUUAGAGCGAUAUAUUAAAAAAAUGAAGAAAGGCGGUGAAGUUACUAUUGGUUUACCUUUAGGCCCGAAAAAAACUAUAUUUACACCUAAAGAAGAAGACGAAAUAGAAGCUUAUCUGAAAUAUAUGGAAGAGCGUCUUUUUGGACUAACAACUAUCGAACUGAGACGUCUAGCAUAUCAAUUAUCAGUUAAAAAUGGAAAAGCACAUAAUUUUAAUACUGACAAGAAAAUGGCAGGUGUUGAUUGGCUCAAAGGUUUUUUAAAACGUCAUCAAAAUUUGUCAAUUCGCAAACCUGAAGCCACGUCAGCAGCUAGAGCAAUGGGAUUCAACAAAGUGGCCGUAAUCACAACUGUAUCUUCAACGGCCACGAUAUCUUCUCAUACUGAAACUCUUGCAACAUUACCUGAAGCUACAACGACAUCUUCCACUCCACCUAGAACAGAGUUAAUCGCCGAAUGCUACGAAGCACUCACACCGACAGUGGUUAAAACACCCGUCCUCGAACCUGAACCUGGAUGUUCUUAUUCUCCUAAACCAGCCAUUCGUGCAGCGUGCCGCGAUUUAACGUCUAGCUUCGAAAAUGCAUCCCCUAGUGAUAUUUUGCCAAUUCCUUCUGUUCAACGAACUAAAAAUAGGAAACAAAACCGGCGAGGAAAAACAGCCAUAAUUACCUCAACUCCUUAUAAAAAUGAGCUAGAAAAUUUGAAAAAGCCGGGGAAAACAUCCAAUCCUAAUGAUCCUCGCCUCAAAAGGAAUGCUAAAAAUAAACAAAAGACUAAACAGUCAGACAAAACACAAAAAGUGCAAUGA